AUGGAAGAUAAUAAAGAAAUACUUAUCAACAACAACAAUAAUAGCAUCAGUAAUAUUACUACUACCAAUAAUAACGAUAGUUCAGAUGGCGAGUUAGUCAUUGAAGAAAAAAUUAAUAGUUUCGAAAAUAAUUCGAUUUUAAAUAAAACUACCACAACUACCACUACAACUACAACUACUACAACCACAUCAAAUAACAAUAAUAAUUUAUCAAGUAGUGCAAAUAAUACCAGAGUUAUUAAAUCUGCCAUUGCUUCGGUUGACGAAAUCGUAAUGAAUACCAUGAAAGAGGCCACUAAAUUAAUUCCACAAAGGGAAUACGCUGAAGAAAAAGAAUUAAACUCAAUUGAAACCAAUACAACCACUACAACUACCACUAAUGCUCACGAAGACGAAAAAGAGAUUCAUUUAGUUGCUAAAAUCCUUUUAAAAUUCUCAUCCAAUAGUGUUCCAAAUUUAUCAGAAAGCUCACCAGCUGUUUUAAAUACCAAGUUGAAGGAUAGCUCAAAUUUGGUCCCAUUUGGAUCACAAGAUUUAACAUCAAGUGUAAAUACAACCGGUAGUUUUGAUCUUAGUGCCAGCACUGGUGAUUUAGCCGGCUCUUUAUCAUCAAAUAAAAAGAAAAGACAAAGAACUAGUCCAGAGCAAUUAGCUAUUUUAGAACAAAUUUUCGAAACUGAUAAAAUGCCAUCACAACAAAUUAGAGUUCGUUUAGCCAACCAAUUAGGUAUGUCCUCAAGAAGAGUACAAAUUUGGUUCCAAAAUAAACGUGCUAAAGUCAAGAGAGGUGGUCCAUUCAAAGAUGAAGAAGGUAACGAUAUCUAUGGUGCUGAUGAAGAUAUGAUUGAUGAAGAUGAUGAUGAAGAAAACUCAUUAACAAUUGACGAAGGCAAUACCAUGACAUCAUCACCACUUAACAACUCUUCUGAUAAUAUUGUCCCAUCUAUUUCACCAAUACUUUCCUCAACUGGUCUCACUUCACAAACUAAUAACAAUAAUAAUACUCCACCACAUCUUCAAUUAAACGGUGCUACACAUAAUCUUAAUAAUAGUUCACCAGGUUUAAAUACUUUAAAUUAUCAAAUUUCACAAACAUUUAACAAGGUUUCUUCCUCACCACCAUCACCACCAUCAAUGGUUCCUUCACCACACAAAAAUAAAAAACCAACUUUAAUAACUGGUUUUAAUCAAUUUAAUAAUAAUAAUAAUAGUGGUAAUAAUAGUUUUAAUAAUAGUAAUAGUAAUAAUAGUAAUAAUAAUAAUAAUAAUAAUAACAAUAAUACAUUAUUUUCACCAAUUAAUUUAAAUGCUACAUCAUCAUCUUUACCAUCAAUCUCACAAAUUAAACUAAAUUCCAGUUCUAAACAUAUUCCAAACGAUAACGAUUUUAAUAACAAACAAAAUAACUUUUCCGAUUUUUCACCAUCAUUAAAAUUUCAUAAUGUGAUUAAAAAUAAUUAA